AUGGCCAAGCCAAUGGCCAGUACACAUUAUUGUAGGACGCGCCCUCCCAUAUCCCCGUCUAAUCGUCCUCGAAGUCGUCCCCAUCGCACACCCAAGUCCUUCUUCGCUCCAUCAUCUGGUCUAUUGUCGAUUUUGGCCACCAUUGCGUCCUCUUCAGGCGUUGAUGGCAGCCCAGCACCUCCCACAUUUUUAUGUCCUUCCAUCGACGUCGAUGACCAUGAUAUUCUCAAAUCCAAGCCAUCACGCCGACAGACCGCACCACAAGACCCCACCCCCGUACCUAGUACAUCAACAUCACGGCCUUCUACGCGUAUCCCAGACAAGUUCGUGCCGGGUGAUGACGGCGUUUGGCGUAGGGCAGCCUAUACGCUAUACGGUUCCAGCGUGUGUCCAGAUUGUCCGGAACCUACUGCCCCCAUCAUUGACGAGCAGAUACAGGUCCCUGCGCAGAACGCAUCAGCUACAUCGACCUCCAGCUACGACAUUCGUGACUCGCUGCCACCAGGCUGGAAGCCUGUAGCAAAACCGUACCAAAGUCGUACCACUUUAAUCCUGGCAUUAUCGCUGGUACUGGCAUUCUUUAUCUGUUUCUUCAUAAUCGGCUGUCUGUUUUGGCGGAAGCACAUACGACGGAAACGUAAGGAGGAUAGUGAUCUGGAAAUGAAGUUGAAAACACGACGGCAAGCCUCCGCCCAGCUAAACGCGAGCAGGGAGUCGAUGAUUGAAAAGGAGAAUGAAAUGAAAACCAAACAAAAAAUAUGGGCGCGAGCGACGGCGCGGUGGAGAGCAAACGCCAGAUAUUCUGCUCGCCUGAGAAAGGGCAAGCGCACAACUAGACUAUCACACAGUCAAACCCUCAACAAGUCACGUAAUGGACUCACGUCUGCGCCUUCCUCUCCUGCUCUAUCAAGAACAUCGUCACGAAGGUCAUCCACAACGUCGUGUGACAGGCGCUCCUUACCCAGCGUUUUCAUGCCCUCGACCACUCCACUAACCGACCCCCCAAAUAUUACUGUUAAUACCACCACAUCGCCUCCAGCAUAUCACCAACGCAUUUCCCUUCCCUCGAAUGUGGAAGGAUUAUCGCACACCGAUCUUUUAACUGUGGAUCGCCUACUUGCAAAUGGCACGCGACGCCCGUCUCAUUCCAGCAUUUACGGUGCAUCAUCAGCGGACGAGUUUGAGCAUGACCCACCUCCUAUCCAUGAUGCCCAUGUUGCCACCGAUGAUAAAGCUCUUCUCGCUCAUCUUGCGGGUUUGGCGAGCGAACCCGUCUCGGAAUCUUCUGGUGUAGAGGUCUCUGCACCUAUCUGGGAUGAUGAGCAGAUAGAGGCUGACUUGAUCUCAUCAAUUGAUCAAGCCCCAGAGGCCAGUACAUGCCCUGCUGCUCUAUCGUUCCCUCCACUUCCCUCCAAAGGAAAAAUGGCAUUGCCAGAUUUCCACAAAUACCCCCUCACUUUCGAAGAGAUGGUAGAGUUGGGAGAGGAUCCCGGGCCUUCCGCUCCGCCUUUUGAAGAAGGCUCCAGCAUAGAUCUACAAGAUGAUCCUCCAUUAAUGCCCUCUGCGCCUCCACUGCUUGAUGAAGAGGAUUUUCAUCCCAGUGCGCCGGGGCAUGAGUUAGCUUCAUCAUGUGAAGCUAAUGAGGAUGUCUGUGCUGAGCUCAGCGAUGGAAAAAAUAGUUCUGCUGAGGUAUCUACCUCCCUACCCUCUCAUGAGGGACUUGUCAGCAGCGACGGCAUCUUACCACAUUAUCGACCUUGA